AUGGCUCUGUUGAAAUGUGGCUGGCUCUGGAGACAGAGUUCUAUUCUGCGACGCUGGAAAAGGAACUGGUUCGUGCUGUGGGCGGAUGGCAGCCUCGUCUACUACCAAGAUGAUACCGGCCGUGAAAUGGACGGAAGAAUUAACAUUAGAUCCAACUGUCGAGACGUCAGGACAGGCCGUGAAUGCCGGGAUAUCCAGCCUCCGGAAGGGAAAACCCGGGAGUGCCUGAUGUGCGUUGUGCAAAGAGAUGGGCCCAAGACCAUGCUGUGCGCUGAGAGCGAAGACGAUGCGUUAGCCUGGAAGAUGGCCAUUUUGGAAGCGAAAGCAACCCAGGUUCACCUCUACGACCCUUACGACGACUACUACCAAACGGUACCCCUGGACUCGUACCAGGCGAUGUACGUCAGCUCGGAUUAUCACGGCAACCCGUAUAUCGCCCCUGGAACGACGCACGUCAUCAUCCGCGAAGACCCCCACCGCGUUUCCGGAGAUCAGAUGGCCCUGGGCCUCCUCGCCGGAGCGGCCACGGGGGCCGCUCUGGGCUCGUUCAUGUGGAUGCCUUGUUGGUUCUGA